AAGUUGCAGUCUCCCCCUGUUGCUGUUGAUGUUCUAACUUCUAUCUAUCGAUUUGUUCCAGUAUUCUCUCUAAGCCUUUAUUUCAACAAGCUUUCCUUAGAGCUUUCAAGUACUAUAUGGGAAGAAGUCUUAAUUACGCAAACCACUACUCUCUUUCUUCUGCUGCUGAAUAGAGCCACCCACUCAAAAGUUAUCUCCAAAAUUAUCAGGGGAUUUCGAAUCUUCUGCUGCUCACAAGUUACAACCACCCCUGCUUAUACUUGCUCUUCUGGUUCAUUAAUAUCUGUUGUGGAAUAACAAGAGAAAACUGACACUUCUAGGAAGCAAAUUAAAUCUGCCGGGUUCCGGUGAUGCCGGUGAUGGUUUCUGAUCAGUGAUCACGUACUCCUCAUCAGGAUGGUGGCCGGGACGGCUUUGGUGGGCGGCCUGAGUUCUUUGAAAGAUCGCAAGAAACAUUCUUGUCUCUGGUUACCCAGGAAUACCUUCUUCUUCUUCAGUCUCGUCCUGGUUUUUCUUUCCGGCUUCACUUUCUUCCACUUCUUCUCCUUGAAAAGAGAUGAGUACUUUCGUCCAAAGCUCAAGUCCACGUUGCAUAUUUUCCCGAUGGAAGCUGUUUCCGGCGAGUCAUCGCCGGCGACUCCGGCCAUCACAAUUCAAUCGACGGUAGCUCUUCCUGACCAGGUUCUGGUGUUCCUAAAGUACCCUCCGUCAACUCCGUUAUUUGCCAAAGAUGACAUCAGAUGUAUAUACUUGUCCUCGCCCAACUCAACCAAUAAUCAUCAUCAUCAUGAUCAGCUUGAGCUCUUCCCAGAAUCAGUGGAGGACGAACACCUGGAUCGGCAGAUCGUACGGUGCCCACAUGUGCCACGUGGCUUGGUGGUUUCUGUUUCCUUCAAGGCCAAUGGCAACUUCCCAAUCGGGCCCGUAUAUCGGUGGGACUCAUUGGCCUACGAGGCGAUGAUCGACCGUGACAACACCACGGUGGUUUUUGUCAAAGGUUUUAAUCUACGGUCAGGACGGGUCUAUGACCCUUCCAAAUUCAAGUGCGUCUACGGUUGGGAUUUGUCGAGACCCAAGUCAACGUUGUUAUCCGACGCCGUAUCAGUAGCUCAGGAAAUUGUGCGUUGCAAGACGCCUAGGAGCAUCUUGAAUGGGUCACACAAGAAUUGGCACGGGAAUGUUUCAAUCAAGGUUUCGGUUAGGCUAGUUGAUAGGAGGAAGAUGUUGAAUUCAAUUGCAAGGCCCGAAACUCGAUUGAAGCCCGGCCCAAAAGUCGAGAAACGGCACCAAUUGUGCAUUUGCACUAUGCUAAGAAAUCAAGCACGCUUUCUACGGGAAUGGGUGAUGUAUCACGCUCACAUUGGCGUGGAACAUUGGUUUAUUUAUGAUAACAACAGUGUUGAUGACAUUAAGGACGUAAUCCGAUCAUUAAUUGAUGAUAAUUACAAUGUUUCGCGACAUGUGUGGCCGUGGAUCAAGUCCCAGGAAGCUGGAUUUGCUCAUUGUGCCUUGCGGGCUAGAGAUUCAUGUGAAUGGGUUGGAUUCAUCGACGUUGACGAAUUCUUUCACUUGCCAUCGGGCUUGUCACUCCAUGAUGUUCUCAAGAACCAGUCCAAGUCAGAAGAGAUUGUAGAGCUACGGGCCGCGUGUCACAACUUUGGCCCAUCGGGCCUUCGCAAGGCCCCCAUGGAAGGGGUAACCGUAGGGUACACUUGUCGAAUGAAGUCUCCGGAGAGGCACAAGAGCAUAGUGAAACCUGAAGCACUGAAUGAUACAUUGAUCAAUAUGGUGCACCAUUUUCACUUGAAUGCUGGUUUGAGGCCAGCCAAUUUGGCCAAGAACAUGCUAGUCAUCAACCACUAUAAGUACCAAGUGUGGGAAGUGUUCAAGCAGAAAUUCGACAGGAGGGUGGCUACGUAUGUCUCUGAUUGGAAACAAAAGCGAAAUGGACAGUCCAAAGAUCGAACACCUGGUUUAGGGACCAGUACUGUUGAACCACCAGAUUGGACGAGCAGGUUUUGUCAGGUCAAGGACACUGGCUUGCGGGAUCGUAUAAUCAAGACGUUUGCUGAUCCAAGGACCGGCAGGUUGCCGUGGCAAAAGAAUAUUAGCUUGAACGUAAACAUGGUGAAUGAAGAAGUAGUUGUAAUCAAGAGCCCGCAUCAAAACUCAAGGAACCCUCCUCAAAAAUCAAAAGGAGUUGCCCAAAAUGGAGGAGAUGGAAAAGAGACCUUGUUCAGCCCCAGGUUCAGAUCCGUGGCAGCAAUGGCUGGCUGGGACGAGGAGGCUCUUAUGAUGGCCAGUAUUGUAGUUGAAGACACCCCAGAUAGGCAUUUCAAGCAAAAGAAACGCCCCACUUUGCAAAGUCUCAAGACUCCCCCUACGAAUUCAAGAAGAAAACGCAGAGGGCAAAGGAGGAGUCCUUCUUGUCUGCCAGUGGUUGCUCUUGAUCUUGAGGAUGACGAGACUCCAACAGAAUCAGAGACCAAGAAAGAGAUGACAGAAUCAACAACUGUUCGAGAUAAAGAGAAUAAAAGAAGUGGAAGUCAAUCCGAUGCACAGAGUUCCAUUAAUUCCUCUUCCAGUUCAGCUAUUCCAUGCAUCGAUCGACUUCGUGAAGAGCUUUCUUGUGCAGUUUGUUUGGAGGUUUGUUUUGAGCCCAGCACAACUCCUUGUGGGCAUAGUUUUUGCAAAAAGUGUUUGAGAUCCGCGGCUGAUAAAUGUGGAAAGAAAUGCCCAAAAUGCAGGCAGCUAAUCAGCAAUGGAAGGUCCUGCACGGUGAAUACAGUUCUUUGGAACACAAUUCAGAUGCUAUUUCCACAAGAAGUUGAAGCCAGAAAGGCAGCCGGUGCUUUAAAUAGUCGCCAAGCUCAGCGUCAGAGUCCAACAAGACCGAAUCAUACUAAUGCUCGGAACAGAGCUGUUCAAGCGUUAAGCAGUCCCGAGUCAGGAAAUCACAGCCCCAGCAGCAGAAGGGGUUAUCAGAUUACCAGAAGACAGAGUGUCCAGCCUUCUAGGUUGUCGAGGAGGAGAAAUGAGUUGCCAAGCCAGGAUCAGGAUGCUGCAUUGGCUUUGAGAUUGCAAAGAGAAGAGUUUAUGGGGGCAUUUAGGGGACCUGAUGAUGAAUAUAGAAACUCUUUUGCAAUAGCAAGAGCUAACUUGCGGGCUAUGGCAUCUCGGGCCAUUAGAGCUAGAGGGCUCUAGCAUUAGAGAUAUUCUGCACUUUUACUUUGUUGCUUAGUCUUCUGGCAUUUUCUGUCAAUUGUAUACCUAGUUGGCUUGGUAUCCUUUUCCUCAAUGGAAAUAACCUUAAUUAGAUGUC